CAACCCUCUCUCUAUAAAAUGUAAGCAUUUGAAUACCAGACUUUCUCAGAUCUUCUUAAUUCCCAUGGCAGGAAUGGCCAAUCACCUCGUUUCUUCAAUCCCCAUUCUUGUAGCUCUCCUCAUCCUCCCCCUGGAUUUCACAGCCGCUCAGACCGGCGUCUGCUACGGCCGGAACGGCAACAACCUCCCGUCGGCGGCGGAGGUGGUGGCGCUGUGCAACCAGUACAACAUUCGCCGUAUGAGAAUCUACGACCCCGACCAGAGGACUCUCCAGGCUCUCCGGGGAUCCAACAUUGAAGUCACCGUCGGCGUCCCCAACACCGAUCUCCAAAACAUCGCCGCCAGCCAGGCCAACGCCAACUCCUGGGUGCAAAACAACAUCAGGAACUACGGCAACGUCCUGUUCAAAUACAUCGCCGUCGGCAACGAAGUCAGCCCGCUCCGCGACACGGCCCGGUACGUCAACUUUGUCCUUCCGGCGAUGCGCAACAUCCAGAACGCCGUCGCCGCCGCCGGCCUGGCGAACCGAAUCAAAGUGUCGACGGCGCUGGAGACGGGCCUCCUCGGAAAUUCGUACCCGCCGGCCGACGGCGUUUUCCGAAACGACGUAACGGGGUACGUGAACCCGAUCGUGAGGUUCCUGACGGAGAACCGUUCCCCGUUGCUGGUGAAUGUGUAUCCCUACUUCUCUUACAUUUACGACAAGGGCAACAUCCAGCUGCCGUACGCCCUGUUCACGUCGGACGGGGUGGUGGUGCCCGGCGGGGUCCGGUACCAGAAUCUGUUCUACGCGCUGGUGGACGCCACGUACGCCGCCCUGGAGAAGAGCGGGGGGUCUUCGGUGACGAUCGUGGUGUCGGAGAGCGGGUGGCCGUCGGCCGGCGGGGACACGACGACGGUGGAGAAUGCCAGGACGUACAACACGAAUUUGAUCCGGCGGGCGCGAGAGGGGACGCCGAAACGGCCGGGGAGGGCGAUUGAGACGUAUAUAUUUGGGCUGUUUGAUGAGAAUCUCAAGACUCCUGACUUCGAGAAGCAUUUCGGGCUGUUCUUGCCCAACAGACAGCCUAAGUAUCAGUUCAGUUUUUGAUUAUACUUACAGGUUACGAUCAGGGCAAGUGCCUGUCACCAUGAAUACAACAGCUACAAGUACGGACAGUCUUACUAUGUUAUACUCUGUACUAGAAUAAGGUUGUCUGAUGAAUAAAAAAAACCACUGCUUUUUCA